GCCCAUUGGUUUUAUUGCGACACAUUCCAGAUUUCCAGUUCAACAUUGAACAACAAGAGUCAACAACAAUACGGCACCGGAUCUUAGAUAAACAAUCAUCAGUUUUCGUUUUCAUAAUAUUUCACUUUAUUUUUCUAUUUCUACCAGAACACAUUACUGCAGUGUAUYUCCGGCGGAGAUUUAAUGCUUCUGGUGACCACGACUGCAAUUCGGACUAAGAAGCGUCUUGUCGCCGGCAGGACAUCGACUGAAACAGCUGCUGUUACUUGUUUUCGGCGGUAGUGAAUACCUAACUUGUGUCGACAAAGACGACACGGCAGCGUCAAAGGAAACAACGGCGGAGRUUUCUGAUAAAGCGUUCACCGUCCUAGUGCCGCCGUCAGGAUAUUUGCCGAUUGUCGAUCACCACUGUCUGUUCCGUCGCCACUUUCGCGAAUCACGUUUCGCCCCUUAUCCUCUGCCGCCGUUACACCAUAUUUUAGGUCCAGCUACGGUCUUCUCCGACAUGUUCAAACAUGCGUUUCCGUCUUCCGAUGCAAUGGCCACCAACCAGGCGGCCGCUGCCACUGCCGGAUCCAUCCCGGCACCGCCGCCGCCGGUCAGCGUCCCGUUCGCACUGCAAUUCGGCCACCAACAGCCUCCCAGCUACUCAACUUUUACGCCAGACUACCAACAUUUCCCGUACACGUUCUCGUCGAUUACGCCACCCGCGUACAGCUGGGCCAACACCAACAGCACACAGGUCAUGAAGUGCGUAACCAUCACCACAACACACUUUGUUGUAGCAACGACAAGGCGUCAUAUAACUGCUGACUUUAUAUUUUUAUUAUAUUGUCAUUUCAGGUUCACWGGAUCAAGUAAUCCACAGCCUUUGGACACGUCCACAUUCCAUCUYAACAAUUUUGGGCCCGUACCAAAACGCAAAAUCGAUUUGGACGCCGAACUUCCACAGCCACCCAAAAUGCGCAUCACCGAAGAAAAAGUAUCUGCAAGUUUACGGGACAUGCAYAUUAGUAGUGAGUUCAAACCUCACAAUUACUGCGUCAGUAGUGCCGUCAGUGAAAUGGAUAUUGUGGAGAAUAUUCCUUGUCUCAUGGAGACUGUCAACAUUCCUGACACUGCCAAAACAGAUUCUCAGACCACAUUAGUCAUGUGUGAAGAAUUGCGUAAACUUCAUAAAAUUGAAUCAAUCAUACCUCAACCACUACUCAAAGUAGAAAGACCAAAUAAUGCAGUGGUUGUAUGGAAAAAAAAAUCUUUAAUAGAAUUAGUCCAUUCAUUAUCUCAAUAUCAGGAACCUAAAUCAACUGUUGUGAUAACCGAAAUCACUGAUGAAGAAGAAAAUGAAAUUAACAGCAGUGACACAAUGUGUGUUGAAGAAAAUAAUUGCAUCGCCUUUGAUGAUGUUAACAUGGAGUUGUAAUGGGACCUUGUUCUGGGUCUGACUCACGGUAGACGAGUUAACUUACUGCCAAAUAAAUAACAUUUGAAAAAAAAAACAAACAAUUAAUAUAAGUUUAAAUGUAUUAUUUUUUAAUUUUAAAUAGU